UUAAGAUCACGAAACAAUUUUUCUUUCUUUGGCACAUUUAUUUCGACAUAGCAAAACGAAUAUUUUUAAAAGCUAAAUUUAUUGUGCGACAGCGACUUGGUUAAGAUGAGUAGCUGGUUGCGUAGUUCCCUUGUUGAGCUUGGUCGUACAAAACGUCAUGCGGACUGCAGCUUUGUAAUCGAAACCGAGGGCGGUAUCAGCAAAACUUUCUCCUGUCACAAACUGAUCUUCAGUUGCGCCUCCGACGUUUUCGACCGGAUGUUGUACGGUGACUAUAAAGAGUCCAGCAGUGGGGUGGUGCGCCUAAACGAUGUAGAACCGGAUAUUUUCGAGAAAUUUCGCGACUACCUUUACGGCUAUGAGUAUGAGAAGCUGCAGACGUAUGACUUUGAUACGCUAACACGGCUCUGUGAAUUUGGCAACAAAUAUCUGGUGAAAUCGCUGGAAGAGGACUGUGUGCGGGAACUGCAGAUGCGCAAGGACACCUUUGACAUGGGUGAGAUACUCCGGCUGUUCCAGUGCGCCCAUCGGUUGAAUAGAAAAUCACUGAUCGACCAAAUGGCCUGGGAGCUCAAGAUCACCUUUAAGGGCACCCUCGACCACUCGGGCGUAUACGAAUUUAGCUGGGCUGUGUUCAAGCACUAUAUCGAAGUGAUUGCCGGCAAACUAUCCGAAGCAGAUCGCUUUCGUUUGCUGGAAAUGUAUCUCAAAUACAAUGGUAUCGAAGAUGCCGAAAGCUCAACUCAGGUGGUAAACAUUGCAAAUCCCCCACUUGGGACAGCAAAUGAUGAUUUGGAAAACCCAUCUUUGGUGUUACCAUCAGCUAGCUCCCCGCCGCUGCAGACCAAGGAGGACAUCAAACCCAACUAUGUGGCCGAUCUGAUUGGCCUGAUUAAGUUUGGCGAAUUCUCGCCCAAAGAGUUCCACGAGGGUCCCGGAAAGUCCCGAUUUCUGAGCCUGGCCCAGAAGUACGAGCAUAUGUAUCAAAUCGCCCAGAAUGGCGUUCUCGCGCGGGAGAAACUACUGCUCAAGGCGGGAUCGAGAUCGAGAUCGGGAUCACGUACGGAGCAGAUACCUACGUUCCAAUCCCACUCCCGACGCGUGGUGGCUCUGGGUGGAACUUUGGUACGCGAGGAACACACCACUCCUUCGUUAACCACCCGCUUCUCUCACUCUUUUCCACCCCUAUGGCCACAACAUGAAGCCAUCUGAUCUCGUACUUAUUAUAUGUACAUAUACAUAUAUAAAUCGGCUCACAUCUCAAAUAAAAUUACUAUAGUUUUUGGAAUUUAUAUUAAACAAGGACUGAAUUUAGUUUUUGCCUUACAGAUUUUCCUUUUCAGCUUAACGCAACCAAAGAAAGCUUCCAAAAUAUUGGCAUUUUUUUAAAUUCAUUAAAUGAAAAGUAUGUUUAUACAAUCUGAAAAAA